AUGUCGAGCGUCGGCACCAUCGCGUCGGGGCAGCCAGCCUCGGCAAAUACAUCAGCCGCCAACGCGACCCCCUCGUUUAGUCGAAAGACAACUAAUGGCGGGAAGAAGAGCAAAGGCUGGAAACAUCACAUCAAAACUUCACUAAAGGGAAAUGCGGAAAAACGACCCGAAAUGAAGUUGGGUUUCUUCGAUCCAUUUACUCACCCAGCUUACAAGACUGACGACAAGGUGAAAAGAUUUUACGGAGGUCAUGCGUCCAAUAAAAACCACCCUCUUAAAGGCCGAGAGAAAACCGCUCGCUGGCUCAUCCAAGAGUUUGAGAAGUAUUACCCGAUCUGCGACCUGAAGGGAAUUGGCCACUUUAAUCAGGCUGAGCCCGUCACAUAUCGUGUCGUUGGAAACCCCGACUCAGUUCACAAGGGAGUAGUCGACUCCGUGGGACUAGAUACACAACAAGACAUUGAUGCUGAGACGACGACUUCAACCAAAUCCAGCUUCCAAAAGAAUAUUACCGAUGAGGACACUGAGCACUCACACUUUGUUGGUACUGCUGCUCAAGCUUUCCUCUCCGGAUCGCCGAACUGUCUCGGGCCCCCUUUGGAAGCUUGCUGCAUAUACCUACAAAUGGAGAAAAUUGGUGACUAUGAUCUUGAACCCGAGGUGGAUGAUGAUAGCGGAGAAGAGGAUGAAGCAGAGCAAAGUGAAGAUGGUAGUUCCAUGGGCGACAACGCCGACGACGGCGAUUACGACGGUGAACACGCGGAUGCGUAUGACGAGUCCGUCGUCGGGGAAGUCAAUUGCCAAGACUCUAGCGAUUCUGAUGACGAGGUAGAACAGCCAAGUGCUCCAGAGACAACAUGUCGCAACGGAUUCCUCCCUAAUCAAGUCACGGCUAUCGUCUGGAUACUACAGAGGUUCCAUGGUGAGCUCCCAAAACUCAAGGAAUUUGAAACUGUCAAGGAGCAAGAUGCGAGAAAAAGACUAUCAGCGCCAAGACUUUUCGGUGGUAUUCUUGCAGAUUCAAUGGGCCUAGGCAAGACUCGCGCCGUCACUGCUGCGCUUGAGCUCAUGGCUGCGCAUGGUUCUAGGGUCGAGCACAACAAAUCCACCGGCCAGCAAAGCUAUCGUCCUAUGCUGGUUCUCUGCCCCAAUGUUACCGUUGCAGCUCAGUGGGCCAAGGAAUUUGUCUCGAAUACAUCUCGCCAUGUUAUUAAGAAGAUCGUUGUUGGCGGAGCUAAGGCAACAAACUACGCCGAGGGUAAGAACCUUGACGACAGAGUCACGCAUAUCGAAGCCGAAGAUUUCAGAGAAUGGCCUGAUCAUCUAUCAUAUAUGUGGAACACGGAAAAUCCCCGAGCGUCAAUGACUGUUCUCAUUAUGCCUAUUGAUACAUGGUCAGCGAGAACCAUCCGUACUCGCACGGAGGACGGGGAGCGGUACUCGACCUUUACGCAAGACAACCGUGGUUUCUCGGUCGUCUGUGUCGAUGAAGCACAUAAGAUCAAGAACAGUCUAACAAAGAACUGGAGGAGUGUUUACCUUUUAGAAAGGGCGUAUACUCUACUUGUUACCGCGACACCAUGCACGAACCACCUCGUGGACCUUGACGGGUUGGCACGGGUACUUUGGACAGUUCCGGAACAAUAUCUCAAAAGCAAACGACCAGACCUAUGGAGUCGGAUCCGGGGACUUUCUGACCUCGAAGACCUUCAGCUCCUUGAAGUGGAAGAUAAGUGCAGCGACUUCCGCCUCCUAGCUGGUAAGCCUGACCUUUUGGAGAAGCUACUAUGCAAAGAUCCAGGCGAAAACGGUCAUGAUUUCACGGAGAUUCGAAAUUACCUGCACCCUUUUGAGUCUUUGGCCAUUCUCAAGCGAGGUCCGGGCUCAACAAUCUAUACAGACUUCGAAAAGACGUGCCCGAUGUCACUUAAGGGUUUGCUCCCUAAUGUUGAUAACUCAACCGUAUACAUUGAUUUGGACGACAGAUUGACGCGUGUGUACCAAUCAGCUCAUGUUGAUUUGUUGAUUAAGUAUCUCAAGCGCCUGAGAAAGUGGUCUGAUGUUGAAAUUGAUCGAGAGAUGGAGGAUGAUUCGCAUGGAGAAGUGGGCGAGCCCCAGAGUUUGGCGACCCUUCGUCGCAAGUUCCAGAUCGCCGCAGCAUCUAUGGAUAUAUACGGACUUGAUAAGCUUCUCGAUCAACACGGAUACGGAACCAAAGUGACACAUAUUGCGGAGAUGCGAAAGAACAACGUCGACUUCAGGACAUUGGCGCCGUUCUUGAAAAAAUACAAGGAACGUAUGCCUAACACAGCCUUAAGCCUUCUGAGAAUGGCGGUCAGGAAUUCACCAGUGCUCCGUUACAUUUUGCACGAUAUUAAGGACCAUAUCUUGGACCGUGAACCCGGCAAACACAGCAGAUCCGGUGGGUCAGGGACACCCAAAGAGAAGAUCAAGAAGCUCCUGAUCACAGAGGCCAGCCCUAUAUUGGCUUUCUACUACGAACUUGUGUUUCAGCUCAUUGGACUCAAUGCCCGCACACUCCACUCGGACCUGAGCCAGAACGAUCGGGACGACCUGAUUAAGUCAUUUAACUCUGACGAGGAGGAUUCGGUUCAGAUAUUCAUCCAGAUGUACACGGUCGGAUUCGCUGGGACAAACUUGCACAAAAAUUGCUCCCGAGUGAUUAUUGCGUCCCAAGCACAUAGUCUAGCGGUGCAAUCUCAGGCGGUACACAGAGUUAUUCGGGUAGGCCAGGUUUCAGACGUAAAGGUCUUCCGCCUAAUAGUAAACAACUCAUAUCAUAGUUUCGUUGAAAGCCGACAAAUCGAGAAGGCAUUGCCAGAACUGGCAGUUCGGGCUCAAGGUGACAUGAACCACAUUCUUGUUCAACUACUAAACCUAUAUGAUAAUGAGAUCGCCACUGCUUGGAAGAGUCAAGAUGGCCAGAAACUAAUCAAUGAGAGAAAUUUGUCCGAGCCUAGCACACCGAAAACCUCUUAUUCCUCUCAGGGUUCGAUAUCUGCCCUAUCGGCAAGCCAAGCUACGCAGGCGACAUCAAACAACGCGUCAUUCCAUGCAGAUAAAAAGCGAAAAAUCAGUACAGAAGAAGCUAAAGCAACAUCUGUAUCUGCUUUGCCCAAACGCAGUGAAUCACUCGUCAAAGGAGAGAUAGGCGGCGGUAGAGGCUGGGAGGAUACUCUUUGCGAUCCAGGCACUUCGGCAUCUUCUUUUGCGUCGGAAUCCAGUACAGAAAUGGCCGGAGGAGUCUAUCAGCGAAGUAAAGCACAUAGCGAGUCUUUACAGUCUUUCCUGGCUCCUAAAUGCCGCGCGGACUAUCACGAAGAGUUCAAAGCGCUUAUUCAGAAAAAAAGUCGCUUCGACCAUAAGAAGAAUCAGCUCCGGCGGAAACUCUCAUUUUACAAGCGCGACAAUCCAGGGUGUUUGUGGACACUGGAGGACUUGAAUAAGCAGCCCGUCUUGGAGUUGGCCCUGGAGCGGGUGCUGCAAGUUCGGUUGGGGGCCGAGGAACUCGCCAUGCUGCCUAUUCCCUGGAUUCCACUCAGUGCAAUUUCUGCUAAGAAAAAGCGUGAGGUGCAAGAACUUGUUUCACAAGUCACCGUUACAGAAACGGAUGUGAAUGCUAAAGACAAGAGAGCCAGCGACGAGGCAGAGAAAUUCAAGAUCCAGGAAGCUGUUAAGAAUACUCAAGGCCAAAUGUCGAUCGAGAAGGCCGAAGAACAAAUACAAGAUGACCACAGUGAUGGGAUUGUAUCAGCUUACACCAAGCCCAAAGUGGAAGGGAAAAGAAAGCUGAUCAAAGAGGAGCAUAACCCCGAGGAUAGCGUUGACUGGCGAAAUACGCCCGUUGGUACUUAUGCUCGUACCAUUGACGAGGGUGGUGCUCCCACCGAGGGAAUAGAACCUGGAGACCGCUCUUCCUUUGAUAAUAUUUAUCAGAAAGUCAAAAUUGAGCCCAGCACAGACAAAGCAGAGCCCAAAGCGGCAAAGAAUCGGGUACGAAUUAUUUUCAAGAAGCAGCCAAAGAAUGAUGUAGAGGACAGCGAACCCGAUACCGAGAGCGCGGGCAGUGAAACAUCAGCUGCGGUAACUAGCCAUGUCGUUGCAGUGAAGCGAGAACCCAGCCCUGAUGACAGGACCCGCAGCGACCUUGAGACGCAUGAACUAACUACAGCAGACAUAAGCCGUGAUGUCAUGAUGAUCGACGAAGCGUGCUGCAAUCCAGGCGAGCGACACGGAUCAGAUACUGGAAUAAAGACUGAAAAGCAACCAGAUAAUUCUGACAUGGAUGUCAACAUGACAGAAAUCUCAGCGCCAAUAAAGACAAAAGAUCUCCGUAUCAAGCAAGAGCAUGAGUCAGAUAUCCCAAACGGAUAUCAGAAUAGAGCCAAGUCUGACUCGACGCCCCCUAGUGUUAAGAAGGAGACUGAUAUCUCAGAGAACGUGGACUCUGAUGACGAGAACUACAACAAUCUCCUCAUGACGGGCGGCGCUGAAGAUUCGGACGAGGAGAUUACCAUAACAAACUCUCGCGCCGUGCCUCGGGAGUCUGUCAUCAUCUCAGAUGACGAACUUGAAAUCGUGGGCGAGAGAGCUGUAGGUUCAAGGGAGAGGAAGCCUUUUGGCUUGGCGCUUUCGAAGCGCGAGCAGAGCUAG